AGGAGAAAGCCAGAGAGCAGAACUGCGGCGGCAUGAUGGGGAUAUUCUGCCUGCGUGGGCUCUGUCGCUGAGGCGCCCGGAGUUCAGCCACAGUGUGUGUGUGUGUGUGUCUGUGUGUGUGAGAGUGUGUGUGUGCAUGGGUGAGUGAGUGCGAGCCCCUGCCGCCACGCCGCGCACUGAAAGCAGAGGCGAACACAGGGAAGAGCGGGCGGAGAGGAGGUAAAGAGAGGGGGGGAGUGUUGACUCGGGCUGGGGCUUAGAGGAACCUUACGCCACUGGAUCAGAGGACGCCGAUGUGCAACAACUACUCCAACUAGUGCUGCUUCUGCUCAUGCUCGCCACCUGCCCGUGCUUUUUAACUUCUGCCAUGGCAUAACCUCUUCUUCCAGCUCGCAUAUCUCAUCCACUAAAGGAACAGACAUGUACGGGCAGAACCUGGAGUCUGGGCUAUUGCAUCCUUUACAUCAGUAAUUCACAGUCUGAGGAAACAUGGUGAGCAAGGAGGGUGGCAAAUGCAUGCUCACCAACUCAGAGUCUGACUCGGAGGCAGCCCCCCUGCCCUCCACCUCUCUAGCGCUGGAGGUGAAGUAUUCCCUGGAAGCCAGUCGACAGGUGAGGAAGAGAAACAAGGCCCUGCAAGUACGUUUCAAGGAUAUCUGCGAGGCACAGAACGAGCAACGGGAGGCAGAGUUGCAGGCGGCAAGGAAGGCUGGCAAGCCCAUCUCAUACAAAGUGGCGUACCGCAAGUACAUGACCGUCCCUGCUCGCAGAUCCAUCCCCAACGUCACGAGGAGCACGGGCGUGCAGACGUCACCUGACCUGAAGAAACGCUAUCAGACAUUCCCUUUUGAGCGCAAGAAAGGCCACACCUUUAAACACGUGGCCGCUGUGGAAACUUAUAAAGGUCAGAAUAACGGUUUUGUCAUGGAGGUGAAGCACUCCAAGGCUGCUGAGCAGGGUUUAGAUGAAGAGGAGGAGGAGGGUGCCUGCGGGGGGAGUGGAGUCCGGAGGACCAGGGCUCUGCUCCAUACUAAUGAGUGCAUUGCCACAGUGGAGCAGCACACUGCACCUGAUGGCCUGUGCUCUGACGCUCUGCUGCUCAGUUGCUCUGCAGACACAGACUGCCUUGCAGACACAGCGAGAGGAAGCGGAGCCGGAGCACAGGCAGAGUACCAGCUCUGCAGUGUCCCGUCCAAAGCCAGAACAGGAUUACAACACAGAGAGGCUGACACAGACCACUUGGCCAAACGACAGCUGCUCUGUAAGGAGGAGGGCUCGUCCCGAACCCUGCCGGACAGGGCCUCCAAGGUUACGGGCCCCAUCGCCUGGAACUCGCUUACACAGGUAGAGUGUCUGGACAGUCCGUCUGUGCGGAGCAAACGGAAGAAAGGCCUGCAGCUCAACGGGCUGCAGUCGGAGACACUACCACGGUCCGGUGGAGGCUGUACAACACAGGCACAGUGCCACACAGGACAGUUAUCUGCCCAGCCUCUACGGGGCAUGGAGGAGCCUCUGUCACCCUGCGGGGGUGGUGAGGCUGGGGGGGCACCACCUGACUCGAUGCAGGAGACCUGUAAGCAAAUAGUGCCUAUGAAUCAGGACGGGGAUGUUAAAGCACAGCUCCAGGCCAUGGAAAACCUCAUCAGCUCCAGCCAAGAAACCAUCAAGGUACUGCUGGGGGUCAUCCAGGAACUGGAGAAGGGGGAGGCCCACAGAGAAGGACUCUCCUAUCGAACUGGGCAGGACACGGCCAACUGUGACACAUGCCGGAACAGCGCAUGCAUUAUUUACAGUGUGGAGCUGGACUUCAAGCAGCAGGAGGACAAGCUGCAGCCACUGAUGAAGAGGCUUUGCCCUACCGACGACACCCACUUCCCCCCCCUGCCUUACUCCCAGGAGGCCUUCACCUCCACCCCGAAACGCAAGUCCAAAGCCGACUCCAAGAAGCACGCCCGCUGGAAACUUUGGUUCCUUUGAAAACCGCAGGACCACGCAUCCCGCCGCUACCAGUGCACAGGAUUUAUGCAUCCGUCUCCUUGUCAAAUAUCUGAUUGUUUACCCAUCACCCAUCUUUUCUCGCAUCUCUGUGGCUUUUAUUUUCUAAUUCUUUUUUUUUUUUUUUUUUUUUUCCUGGUUGACCAGUUGUGAUGGACAGCUGCACCACUGGAUACUGAACUCCUUUUCAGAGAUGACAGGAUGUUUAAUGGGAAACAAAUGUGGAUUCCAUGAGAAAAUCGAAAUGUCACGCUUACCAAAAAUGGAUUCAGAGUUAUUUUGAAUUAAUUUCUUCAAACAGGGUGUGAAAUUACACCAGGGCAACAUAUUUGGAUAUCAGCAAGGUGAGAAGACAAAUUUGAUUUCCCUCAAUCUAUUUGCAUAUAUUUUUCUAGCUCGCGUCUACGGGGUCCUAUUCUAUGAUAAUUGUUCGAUGACCGUCACAUUUCUAUUCACCAGAUGGGACUUUGUCUUUCCUGCCAGCCUCCAGGAGAGGUUGGAGAUUUACCCACAAUGCUCUGAGGUCUACAUCAACAGCAUAUCACCGUACCGCAAAGCACAAUUAACACUGUUCAGGAUACAUUUUCUCCAGAAUAAUAAUAAAAAAUGAACUAUUUUGACUAUUGACUGACACGUGUAGAUCACCAACUAACCGUGAUAGAAUGAAGACUUUCAUAAUAUUUAAGGACGAGACUUGAAGGACAAACAAGUCAAAGAUGUUUAUUGGACUUCUAUGGUCAACUUUCUAUCAUCACUAAAAUGUCUCCUUGAAUCAACUGACUUUGAAGUCAAGAAUGAAUAAAUAAUUAUUUUCUUAUUAACAUUUGCAAAGGUAGACGUCAAUGUACUUUUUUCUAUUUAAAUAUAUAUAAAUAUAUCUAUAUACAUUCACUUUAAGGUUUAGUGGAAUAUGUUUAAAAUGAGCUGCAGUGAAGGGGGCUGUGUAUUUAGAAUAAUAGGAGAAUAAUUUCUGAUUUUCGCUUCCUUUUUCAUUUUCCGGUUCUGACGUCACACUCCAUAUUGUCUGCAUACCGUAAAGAAAAAAAUGGAGUCAAACCUGCUUCAUUAGUCUCAAACUAGAACACACCGGCCAUUUAAAAAAAAAAAAAAAAGUUAUUGUUUCAGUCAGUACACCAAGUGAAAUAAAUGUGGUCUGUUCUCAGAGCAAGUGAGGGGAAGCAGAAGGUAGCUGUGAUUGUAUUUCUGCAGUUUCCUGCAUCAGCUACUUCUUUAGCUACUGAAACUAAGCCUGAAUGUGCCACUUCUGACCACGACCAGGGCUUCUACAGUGCAGGGUGGCAGGCGUGUCGCCUCGCAUGCUUUUUACAACCCUUGGAUUUUCCAGGAUUUUUUCUAGCUUUUCCAACAACAAUUUUUAAAGAGGAGAAAAAGGAUAAGUUGCUGUUUUCUUUCCUUUUCCCCCCACAUAUUUUAGACUGUAAAGCCGUUCCCAUUGCUUUUCAUCAAUCGACUGUAAAGUAAUAAUCCAUCUAAAGUCUUCGUGCAGGGUUCAAGACAAUGUACAGCUAAAAUAAUAUUUGGAUUCACUCUAUAUAUAUAGAUAUGUUAUAUAGCAUCAAAUAGGGCUAAUACCAUUUUAAUGAGUGGGAGAGCAGCCAAUAUUCAAGAGAAAACAGUGCAGUGCUUGCAGAAGCAUAAAAGUGAAGUCACUUUCAAAGCCAAAAACACUGCCCCAAAACACAGGAGAUGCACAAGGGCAUAAGAAAAAAAGAAUCUUCUACUAGCUACUGUCACAAUAGUACAUUAAAGAAGUAUUAAAUAUCACUGGUCUGACCUUCACAAGCUCCAAUAACAUACUGCUUUCUGUUGGCUACAUUCACACCUCCACUCUUGUACAUGCAGAUCGGUUUCUUUCAAUAGUUAUACUGUAGCAUCAAGAAAGAACUAGAUGUUUAUCUGUACCUUAAAGAAGUGCAAUUGAUUUAUUAUGUGCAAUACUGUGUAUUUUAUACUGUUUUUUUAAAGAAAAGAGAAAAAAAAGGUAUUUAAUAUGCAAAAUAUGAAAAAUAAAAAGAGAAAUCUACAGAG